AGAGACAUCCUAAACAGAACAGUGGUAUUGGAGUUGAAUAAUCUAGCGAUCAUUGUGGAAUUCUGUUUUGCUUGUUUGUCAUCGGUCCAGGUCAGAGGUCGUAUGCUGAGUACCACCACAGCUAUAAUCCACUGGGAUGGACCUGAGGAGGCUAACGGGCAGGUGGUGGGAUACAGAGUCUACUAUACAGACGACAACACACUGCAAGUCAACCAGUGGGAGAAGCUGAUGGUUCGUAGUGUGAACUUCAUCACCAUCCAGAGUCUGACCCCUAAUAAGACCUAUUACAUCAGAGUCCUGGCCUUUACCUCUGUAGGAGACGGACCUCUCUCCCAGGACCUGCAGAUCAUAGCCAAGACUGGAGUUCCGUCCCAGCCAUCAGACUUCAAAGGAGAGGCCAAGUCAGAGACCAGUAUAUUGCUGUCAUGGGUAGCUCCUCCACAGAGUGGGCCUGAAAACCUGAUCACUGGAUAUGAACUGGUAUACAGGAGGUCUGGUGACAACGAAGAGAAGAAGCUGAAUUUUGACCCCGCCUCCUCCUACCUUAUAAAGAAUUUGAAGCCAUUCUCCUCCUACACCUUCCAGCUGGCAGCACGUAGCAAACACGGCAUCGGAGCGUAUACCAACGAGGUUACCACAGAUACACCACAGACACAACCCUCGGCCCCUCCGCAGGAAGUCACAUGCUCCAGCCCCAACUCCACCAGCAUCCUGGUAAGUUGGGCUCCGCCCCUGGCGGAAUUCCAGAACGGAAUCAUAAUGGGAUAUUCCAUCCAGUAUUCUGUCACGGAACGGGACAACAGGACUUCCCAGCAAGUCAGACGAAUUCCACCGGAAAGCUCUCCGUACCUUCUGGAAAACCUGGAGAAAUGGACCGAGUAUGGAAUCACGGUCAGAGCCCUGACGGAAGCCGGAGAAGGACCAGAGAGUCUACAACUACUAGUACGCACCGAAGAAGAUGUUCCCAGUGGUCCUCCGCGCGACGUGGCGUCGGAGGCGGUGAACUCGUCAGCAGUCAGGGUGGUGUGGCGGGCACCGGCCGUGGAGCGGCAACAUGGUCAGGUCAGAGGUUACCAGGUCCACUACAUGAAGAUGAACUAUGGAGAACCCGCUGGACCCAACCUCAUCAAGGAUAUACUCCUAGACGACUCACAGUGGGAAUACAAUGAAUCAGCAGAAUAUGAGUUGGUUCUAGGGGAACUCCAGGCUGAUACUGCCUACUCUGUGUCUGUGGGGGCGUACACCGCCAAGGGAGACGGGGCACGGAGCAAACCCCAAACUCUCUGCACUACCCUCCCACUCCCAGAACCCCCCAGGCUCUCAGUAAGUCCCACCCCCGUGGGCACGGCCCAGCUCCAGUGGCUGCCUCCACCCAGCCCCGCUACCCCUCUCCUGGGGUACCGUCUAACCUUCGGACGCCUGGAUGUCCUCCCCCUCACCGUGGUAGAAUUCCCCACCAAGGAAAAGUCCUACACUGCUCAGGAUAUCCACAAGGGGGCGUCGUACGUGUUCCGACUCUCCGCCCGGAAUAAGAUAGGAUACGGAGAGGAGGCAGCGAUCGAGGUGACCACUCCGGAAGACGUUCCCGGAGGAUACCCAGAAAAUAUCCUGUCUGAAGGCGCCUCGGCGUCUUCCAUACGGCUCGUUUGGAAGUCUGUCCCGCUGAUCGAACAAAACGGGAAGAUUGUGAAGUACUCGGUGCAGUACCGGGAUGUUAACGGUAGAGGUGGGAACGCUACCGGGGAGGUGGUGGUGAUGGUACCGGAAUCUAGCGUGGCGUUGGAAGGGCUGAGCGCUGACACGGUGUAUGACGUUAGAGUGCGUGCGUUCACGGCGGUAGGGGCGGGGCCUUAUAGUCCCGGCGUCCAGUUUAGGACGCAACCUCUGGAUGUGGAAGUGUUUGCUACUAACUUCAGAGUGAAGGCUGCCAUGAAGAACUCAGUCCUGCUGACCUGGGAGAUACGAGACAAAACACCCUCCCAGCCUUUUUCGAUCCUGUAUGGUAAGGGUCAGAGUGUUGAGGUGGAUGGUAAACAGAACCAGAAGCUGAUAACAGGUCUGCAGCCGGAAACACAGUACUCCUUCCUGUUGACUAACCGUGGCAACAGUGCCGGAGGUCUACAGCACCGCGUAACCGUGACGACCGCCCCGGACGUGCUACGUUCCAAACCCACGCUGGUGGGGAAGACCAACGCAGACGGGAUGGUGACGGUUCAACUACCGUCCGUACAGACCACCACUACCGUCAGGGGCUACUAUGUGGUGGUGGUUCCUCUGAAGAAACAGAGAGGAGGGAAGUUCUUGAAGCCUGGUGACAACCCUGAUCAGAUGAACCUAGAUGAGCUCCUGAAAGAGAUCAACAGGACCAGUGUGAGCCAGGCGCUGCGUGUCCGUCGCCAGGUCCCGGCCAGCCAAUCAGAUCCCAGGGCCUAUGUUUCCGCCCACUUUAAGACCCUCCCCCAGGAGUUCACCCUCGGUGAUGGGAGGAGCUAUGGAGAGUUCCGGAACCGCCCCCUGCAAAACGGACAGGAAUAUGUGUUCUUCGUGCUGGCGCUGCUAGACCUGUCUAAUAAUACAAUGUAUUCAACCAGCCCCUAUUCUGACCCCGUGACCUCCAAUGACGUGGACCCUCAGCCAAUCGUAGAUGAGGAGGAGGGGCUUCUGUGGGUGGUGGGGCCGGUAAUGGCUGUCAUCUUCAUCGUCUGCAUCGUCAUCGCCAUCCUACUCUUCAAGAGUAAACCAGACAGGAAAAGAGCUGAGGCAGAGGGAAGGAAGGCUAGUUUCCCCUGCAGCAAGGCCAUGCCUCUCACCAUCCUACAAUCUGUGGAGCUACGCAGAAUCAACUUCCAGACCCCAG